GAAACCAAAAGCAAAUCCAGUUCAGUAAAUAUAAGACUGCAGUUACAACAGCACAGACAGCAGGUCAGAGCAAGAGGAGGAGGAAGAAAGCUCUCAAUCAACCAAUUUCCUCAACCUACAUUCAACUUUGAACCACUUCAUCUUUUCGACUGAAUGGAAGAUUGCAAGAAGAAGAUUUAAAAGAAGGAACUCACUCAGUCAGAACAAGAAGACGAGGUAGAAAGCUCACGAUCAAGUCAUCUUCUCAACCUGCAUUCAGAUUUGCACCGAUUCCUCUUUGACACAGAAUGGCAGAGUUUGUGAAGAGAGCUUCUGAGUGGAAGCUUCCUGGUUCUAACAGUUUGAACAACAAGAGAUUCUGUUGAAGAAGUGAAGUCGUUUCUUAUCCAGGCCGUCAUCACCACUGUGCAUAUGACAAAUAGAUUCAUUUCUUCAUCUUCUUCAUGAUGAGAAGUGUAAAGCAGACCAUUAUGCUUUAACAUAUUUAUUCCAGGGAGUCCACACAAGCAGCACAUUUCAGAAAACAGGAAAAUAUGUGGAAGUCAGCAAAUACAUGUCAGUUAGUCAAACAAGUGUUCAGAUAAACAAGCACGUUUGGAAACUCUGAUGAUUUGAUAUUUCUGAUUGAAAACACAUCUUGUGAUAAAACAAAUUUAUGAAAUAAUUAUCCACAUGUGCAGUAACACUGAUGUAACUUUAUUUUCUUCUAGCAAAACCUUGGAGAGCCAUCCUGCUGGGAAAAACCGGAUCAGGAAAAAGCAUGUUUGGCAAUGCCUUGAUUGGAAAAAAUGUCUUUGAGGUGGAUCGUUCUCCAAACUCUGGUACAAGUGAAUGUAAGGCAGUCACUAAAGAGAAUGGUGAGAUCACAGUGAUUGAUACUCCUGGUUUCUUUGACAACACAACAAGCCCAGAGAAACAAAGAUAUGAAACAAUAAAGACUACCGUAGAGUGCUCACCUGGACCUCAUGCUUUGCUCAUUCUCCUCAAAGUGGAGAAAUUCACUCAGCAUGAGAAGCAGGUUAUUAUAAAAAUAAAAGAGCUUUUUUCUGAAGAGGCUUUUAAAUAUGCUAUAUUGGUCUUCACUCAUGGUGAACAGCUUGCUCAGGGCAAGAAAAUCAAAGAGUUUGUCCUUGAAAACAAGGAUCUGAGUGAGUUGUUAAAAAAAUGUGGUGGCCGCUGUCAUGUUGUUGAUAAUGAAUACUGGAACAACAACCAGCCAGAUCUUUACAGAGACAACCAGUUCCAGAUCAGACAGUUGCUCAGCACGAUCAAUGAACUGGUGCAGCAACAUGGAGGAGAAUGCUACACCAAUAAGCUGCUGCAAGAAGUGGAGAAAAACAUCCAGAAAGAGACGAAGCGAACCGGAUCCAGAGAGAGGGCAAAGAAAAAUGUCACUGACUUUUUCUUCAAGAAAUCAGCUGGCAUUGACCCAAAAGUGUUACUGGAAGCUUUACUUGGCAUACCAGAAAUGGUUAAAGUGGUUCUUUCAGCAGUUUUUGGUCUCCCUGGUGUUACUAUGUGGACAACUCUUGGAGCAGCAGUUGGAGCAACAGUUGGAGCAUUUGCAGGUCCUGUAGGGGGUGCUGUUGGAGCUGCUGCAGGGGUCGCUGUUGGAGGGGCUUUGGGAGGUUUUUUCACUGGGUGGUGGGGGAAACCAAAGACUGAAUAAAUUGGAGACAUAAGAUAGAGACAAAAACAAACAAAACAUUCAAUUAAUCUUUAUUCACAGACACAAUAUAGAGAACUCCCUCUGUAAAUCAGGAAUUAACUGAGCAUGUUCCAAAAACUUCUGUCAAUGUCUAUUGUUGAAGAUUAUUUCAAUCAAUUACUGCUAUUUAUCUUAAAUAUCUAUACUGAUCAUUGUCCUAACAGAUUUUAACCAACAAUAUUUUUUUGGAACCCAGUUUUUUGUUUUCUUCUUUUUCAUAGAAUCUGCUUUGUACAUGUAACAAAUGAUUGUUUUCAUUCAUUUUGUGUAUCAAUUGUGUGUACUUGAGUUAAUCUACAAAUCGCUUGAUUUCAUUUUCUGGUUUUCUGUAACUGCUAAUACAAAGUCUCUGAAUGAAUUAAAAGAUGGAAAAAAGUUUGACAUUUGACAUAAUUUGAAGAAUAGUUUCACUUUAUUUUUUUCUGAUUGUACCAUGAUGAUGUUAUUUUCACACUUGCAUAAAAAAACAAUGUAACAUUAUGAUCUGUCGUUUCUCAUUUAAAACGUAAAGUUUCCAGCUCUACAUCCAAACCUUUUCAAAAUAAAAUUAAUACACAAUCUGAAAUCAUUUGUAUGUUUCUUGGUUAUUGUAGGAGCC